CGGUGAAAGCAACGCAUCAUAGCUCCGAUGGCCUUGGCUGCAAAUCAGCAGCUUGCCGUUCUGCGUGAACGAGAGCGCCAGUUGGUGCAGGAGAAAGAAGAGAUACUCGCCAAGAUUGCAGAUCGGGAUGCAGAGAUUUCGUGGAAGAAAUACGCUACACACUCCAGAGCUGCCACAUCCUGGUUCCUUUGCCUCGCAGUUGGAGCGCACGCUGGAGGCGCUGCAGGCGGGCUCCGAAGAGAAUCUGCCACGCAGCUGCGCAGAGCUGCGAGGUGCUAGCCACACCCUGGCUGCACAACAGUCAGAGGAGACCGCGGACAGCGAGCUCAUGCGACGGCUGGCAGCGGCUCUGGCAGAGCUGCCGAAACAGAGCUCCGUGCGCUUUGACGAGGAAAGCUUUGAGAAGCAGUUUGGCCAAGAUGCGGAUGACGCUCGGCUUUCCGACUUCCUGAGUUCGCUUUCAGCGGAGCAGCGCUUGGUCUGGGAGCUGCAGAACCCGUCGGAUGUCAGUCCAAAGCUGGAUCGAAGGCUCCUCAACGACUUGAUGAAAGCCGGAAAGAAGCCGGAGGUGGAAGUUCUGAGAGCUGCGGGCAGCCCAAGCGAUGUGGAAAGGCAAUACAGAGCGCUACUGUGGCUCCACCACCAUGCCGACUUGAAUGCUUGCCAUGCAGAGCCAGGGGCCGGCGGGCAGUCUUUGCUCACUUUGGCCUGCCGACACGGGCAGCAGCAAGUGGCAGCCGCGCUCCUGGAGCGCAAGGCGGAUGUGCAUCACACGAGCAGCUCGCAGCUCUCAGCACUCUCAGCUGCUUGCCAGCGGGGGAGUGUGGACUGCGCUCGCAUGCUGCUUCAAGCUGCGGCAGAUCCGAAUGAGGCAAGCAAAGGCUGCAGCGUGCUCGCAAUUGCUGCACGCUGCCCUGUUCCAGAGGGCCUUGCUGUGGUGAAGCUUCUGCUGGAAUUCCGUGCAGACGCCAACCAGGUGGGCUUCAGCGGUCAGACUCCUUUCAUGGCGGCGGCAGAAGCUGGGAAUACCCUGUGCAAAGAGGCACUGCUGGAAGCCGGGGCAAGUACCAAGGCGUGACAAGCUCCAAGGAAGUCUGAUGGGUCAUGCCACUUAGUAGGCAUUUGCAUAGCUGGCCAAAGGAGGGGCUAUUAGCCUCGCAGCCAGUCGUUGAUAUGCAGCAGAAUAACAGAGACUAGCUCUUGUCGGCGGUUGGUGCCUUUUUCGAGAAGCAUGUCCAGCAAUCCGUGUGGCUGCAGCAUUUCCAGGUUAGUCUUUACCCAGAACAUGUAG